AUGAAGAUGAGACGCCAUAAGCUCUUUCUGACUCUCUGCAUGGCUGGUCUCUGCCUCAUCUCCUUCUUGCACUUCCUCAAGGCCCUUUCCUAUGUCACCUUCCCCCGAGAGCUGGCUUCGCUUAGUCCCAACCUCGUCUCCAGCUUCUUCUGGAACAAUGCCCCCAUCACACCUCAGGUCAGCCCUGAGCCAGGGGGUGCAGAGCUCCUCCGCACACCCCUGUACUCCCACUCCCCCUUGCUCCAGCCCCUGCCUCCCAGCAGAGCCAGCGAAGAGGUGCACAAAGUUGAGUUUGUGCUGCCGGAAGACACAACAGAAUAUUUUGUCCGUACCAAAGCUGGUGGCGUUUGCUUUAAACCAGGCACCAAGGUGUUGGAGAAGCCACCCAUGGGAGGGCGGCCAGAGGAGCGAGCAGAUGGUGCAGUUCGCAAGCCGCUGAGCGCCAGCGGGACCAAGCGGCGCAAGUGGGUGGAGUGUGUGUGCUUGCCGGGCUGGCACGGCCCCAGCUGCGGGGUCCCCACUGUGGUCCAGUACUCUAACCUGCCCACCAAGGAUCGCCUUGUGCCACGGGAGACCCCCCGGCGGGUCAUCAACGCUAUCAAUGUCAACCAUGAGUUUGACCUGCUGGAUGUCCGCUUCCAUGAGCUGGGAGAUGUGGUGGAUGCCUUUGUGGUGUGCGAGUCAAACUUCACAGCCUAUGGAGAGCCGCGGCCCCUCAAGUUCCGCGAGAUGUUCCUCAACGGCUCCUUCGACUACAUCCGCCCCAAGGUGCUCUACGUCUUCCUGGACCAUUUCCCCCCUGGUGGCCGCCAGGACGGCUGGAUUGCUGACGAUUACCUGCGCACCUUUCUCACCCGGGAUGGCAUCUCUCGCCUUCGCAACCUGCGCCCGGACGAUGUCUUCAUCAUCGAUGAUGCCGAUGAGAUCCCAGCCCGUGACGGUGUGCUCUUCCUCAAGCUCUACGAUGGCUGGACAGAGCCCUUUGCCUUUCACAUGCGCAAGUCGCUCUAUGGCUUCUUCUGGAAGCAACCAGGCACCUUGGAGGUGGUCUCGGGCUGCACCAUUGGGAUGCUCCAGGCUGUCUACGCUACCGACGGGAUCCGUCUGCGGCGCCGCGAGUACUACACCAUGCCUGGCUUUCGGCAGUAUGAGAACAGCACAGGACACAUCCUGGUGCAGUGGUCACUGGGCAGCCCCCUCCACUUUGCUGGCUGGCACUGCUCCUGGUGUUUCACCCCAGAGGGGAUCUACUUCAAACUGGUGUCAGCCCAGAAUGGGGACUUUCCCCGCUGGGGUGACUAUGAGGAUAAACGAGACCUCAAUUAUAUUCGGGAGCUGAUCCGGACUGGUGGCUGGUUCGAUGGUACUACGCAGGAGUAUCCCCCUGCCGAUCCCAAGGAGCAGAUGUAUGCUCCCAAGUACCUGCUCAAGAACUACCAGCGGUUUCGCUACUUGUUGGAGAACCCCUACCGAAAAGCAGAGGGUGCUGGGUGAGGCCACUGAGG